AUGACUCGAAAAUCGAAGCGUUCCAUGGGUCAGAUCAUUCCCGGAUUCUGGAUUGGACGAAUGGCGGCGGUUCGAACGAUUUUCGAAUUACAGCAAUCCUCCUCCGACACAGAAGAAUGGACCGUCAUUUCCAUCUUGUCCUCCGACUCCAUCAUUCGCACGGUCAAGGAGACGUUGGCAGAAGAACAACGCAAAUUUCAGCGACCACUCGUCACGCAACAUGUGGUGUGGGAUCUUCCCGACAAGGCCCAUGCCGAUUUCUUGUCGGAACGAUUGACGGAUAUUUGCAACAUCAUUUCGCAAAGUUUGCAGCAAGACGACACUGUCAGCAGCAACAAGUCCUCCACUUCUUCUACUACAACAGUCGACCGACCUCGUCGCAACUGUUUGGUCCAUUGUGCUCGUGGAGUCUCGCGUUCGGCCGCCGUCUGUGCCGCCUGGUUGAUUUCCUGUCAACAAUAUUCCCUCUUGGAUGCACUCAAUCUACUGCGCACCGUGCGAGAGGUCAAUCCCAAUAUGGGAUUCUUGGCUGGACUCAAAGCCAUCGAAAAGAGCUCUGGAAACAUUGACAAGGCACGAGAACGAAUGCAGAAUCAUCGAAAACCAAAACAACAACCAAAAUUACUACAACAAGACGCUAUGAAUAGUAGUACCGGUACAACGACGACUACUACUACUACGACAAAAAGAAAAACAAAAGAAUCCAAAAAGGAACCGAGAAACGCGUCACCCGUCAAGACUCGAUCGAACGAGAAGGUGGUGACAUCCAAACCGACAAUCAACGAUACAAGUGCUUCAGCGGGAAAGAGUGAAGCUGCAAAAAUGACAUCAAUACCAACGAAAGUACCUGCAAAGAAAGGGUUGAUUUCCACUAUCAACCGAUCCACUGCUGAGAAAAAGGAGCAAGCUGUGUCAACAACAACAACUCCGCAAGUGACGGUUCACACAGAGGAAUUUAGUGACGAGAUUAGCGUUUGA